UUUGCGAUACUAACAAUAACCUUUAAAAAAUCGUAAAAAUAUAAAUACUGAUAACAACAAGUAUAAAAAUAUAUAAGGGCGUGAGGCGUGGCCACUAUAAAAUAUCAAAAUAUACUGACUGCCCUAAUACCAAAAAUCAAACAAGACAAUCAAUAUAAUAUAUAAAUAUAUAAAAAAAUAUUACAAUAAUAAAACUGAAGUACAAAAAAUUUAUUUAAAUAAAGUUCUUAAACUCUCAAUCAACGGUUUAGUCUUUCUUCAGAUGUUCGUUGCUAAAGACUUGCCAAAAAAACAAAGUUAAUAUCCUAGGCGUGCGCUGGCUUCCUGACCUUCCUCACCAACUCCAGAGUCUAAUGCCACGCCGGGCCAUAGGUACGAAUUCACAAAGGCGUGAACGAUGAUCGAAAAAAAAAUAUCUUAUUUUUAAGGGAAAUGUAGCAAAAACUCUUCACGUAACAUAACCAUGUUACCACAGAAGUAUUUAUCAUCAGCUUCAAACAAAGUCUUACUUCUUUAUUAACUUGCCAAUGAUUUUAUAAAAACGUAGAAUGGCCGCACCAACCAACAUCAGGCUGCGCAUGUAGUCCAAUACCGAUCGCAUACUUUUAAUAAUACUGCACAAGCUGAUAUAUUAGCUAAAGCCAACUUUAAGUAUGCAAAUUCCGAUGACUAAGUCUCAAAAACAAAUUGCAAAAUGUUCGUUUCUUCCAAACUUAUACUUUUAUUGCAACUACAGGCAAACGGGCGACCUUUUUUAAGAAAAUCCCACACUGGAACAACGUGUGAAAACAAAUGGGCCUCUUCACCAAACUGGCUAAUAAAAGUUCCGUCCAAAUAAAAUUUAGUAUGGGAAAAUACACAGUUCACUAGGUUUGCCAAAAACCACUGCAGUACCACGAGGGUAAAAAUCAAAAUUGCGGCCUCUCUUUACCUUGAUAAGUUCAGUAUCACAGGGCAAUCCAUUGCCCUGUCACCCAGCGUGGAGCCUCCAGCCCAAUACUCUUCGUGGCCCGUUGCCGUCCGGCACACCAGUCCGCGCCGUCACAUGGCUCUGUCCUCGACGGUCGCUCGGCACACUCUCCCCCGGCCCCAGCUGAUUUUUUCUCCCCGGCAAGCCGAAUGUCUGACGUCAUCAGCCAACCGCCGGGCGCUCGCCAAGUGGUAUUUACGUGAAACACAAUCGAUGUUCUUAAACUCAUAAUCGAUAGCUACCAAACGGCGUAUAACUAAUUAACAGAAACAAAUAUAAUUAAAAGAAUUUACAGAUAAAUUAACAUUAAUUAAAAAAGGCGUAAAAAUACGUGAAAUAAAAACCAUAUAAAACUAGAGACCAGCAACAAAAAUAAAUUACAAGUAAAAAUGUGGCCCUGCCGGCCACAACAUUAAGACAAAUGCAGCCUAAUUUUGAUACUUCAAAUACCUAUUACUGUAGUACUUUCUAUACUUUAUGUUUAUAUAGCUGCAUUUAAAUAUUUUUUUAAGAACAUACUUAAAUAAAUUACAUGUAAAAUAUUCAGAAAAUAUGAGGCAAGAUGUUUAAAUAAAUUGCCACCUGUGAAUUUAUCAGUACAGAACUAAAUUACAUGAAUAAGUUCACAUAUAUGCACUCAUUUUCAAAAAUCACAUUUCACAAAAUUUUAUUUUUUUCAAGAGUAAACAUGGAAAAAGGCAACCUUUAUUCUUGACUGGUAAUUCUUUCUGUUUCUACACAAAUCCUUUUUUUUUCUUCUUCUUCAUGUUCAACUUACAGCAUAUUUACAUAAUGAGACCAAUUUAUGCAAGGUACCUAUAUAAAACAAUAUUAAUUAACUUUACAUAUUGUUCUUAUGGGUGCUUAAGCAGGAUUUACAAAUGAUGAUUUUUGUUAGUCUUACAUCAGUUCGUAGAGUAAAAACUUAGGUCUACACAUACAAUAGUAUUAAAACUAAAAUCCGUAUUUAUGAAAAAAAAAAUUGAUUUUGUAGUUACUAUACCCAUCUUAAAGUUGUAUUAUGUGAUAUUAUCUUUGAAAGAUUUGUGCAAUGGGAGUGCAUGACUUGAUGUAAGCUUUUGGACAUACGCCAUUGCUAUACACAUGACAUACAUGUGCAUAGCAAUGGCGUAUGUCCAAAAGCUUACAUCAAUUUGUGGUAUUAUGUGCAUUUAAAAGCAAUUUCCAUUUAAUCCAGAUGUUCAGUGAUCCGUACCCAUCUGGUCUGGAUUAGAGGGACUCAACUGUAGACUAAUACACAACUUUUUAAAAUGUAGAACCGUUAUAGUUGAGACUGGACCACGCAACGUGGUUGGCCGACCCGAAGCGAUACAGAGGGGGCAGCAGUGACACGUCUGCUCUGUGCUCUGCGGAAGCGACGGGCGAGAAUCGCGACGGUUACGAACUGCCUGAAUACUAAGCAUUCACAAAGACACUUAACUUUAAAUAACAUAAGCACUGGUAAUAUUGUAACAAAAAAAAGAACCUUAAAAUUACAGUAAAGCCCUAUUAAAACGUUAUUCAUGGUGCUUAGAAAUUUACUCACAUAAACAGGGAAAAGGUACAUACUAAAAAAGUAAAAUUGCAUGCAUUAAUAGAUCAAACAGUUACCAAAUUUUUUUUUAAAAUCUGUUAUGCAGGAUUUUUUUUAAUUGAUAAUAAAUAUUAGGGUUUUUACUGUUAAAAUUACACAACUAAGCAAUUAAAUAAAAAAUGAAAAAAAAUAAAUAUAUAUCAAUGUAAAAUUCUAUGCUGCCGUCCAAAGCUUAUUAACUGCACAGUCAUUAAUUAAAACACAACUAUUAUAACAUAAAAACCCUCAAGUAAGUAUGUGAACAAAAGACACUAAAUAACACUUGAACCACAGCCAACCCUCUGCAGUUAACAGAGAACUGCUUGAGCAGCCGUCCUAUCACAAGCACAGUGAUGAACAUGCCGGGCAAAGACACGGCACAUUGAGAGGACGCGGAUGUAUCAGCGAAAUCUUGUCCUGAACAUAGUGUAGCAAGAAAUGACAAGGGAAAAGGUAAUACAUACACCUCAAUCACCAGGGAUGUACCGAGGAAAAAAAAAAAGUCACUAUUUUAUUUGUCAGCUAAAUUCAAAUACAUGGGUGAAAGCCAUAUUUACAGAUGACGCCAUUUAAAUUAAGCACAUCACAACAUGGGGUUGAAUUUUUUUUUCUUUGCCCAGUUGACGCACCGAAUCAGUUUAUCAAACUUGUACACUAAAUGGAUAAUAAAAAAAUUUUGAAUUAAAAUUUUUUGGUGAAUGUCAUCACGAGUGUCAGCGGUGAGCAAGAUUUUUCUUCUUAAGUGAUGAAAUUGUUUGAUUUGAAGACCCAUAGACAUACAUUUAAAAAUGAUUUUUUUUUUAAAUUAAAAAAAAAACUGAAUUUCAUACACACAACCACAUAGAAAAUACAUAAUAGGAAAUGGAAUGUUUUAAAAAUUUUCAAUAUUUCUAAAUAUUUUUAAUUGGUAGUAAAAAAUUUAAUGUGACCACUUAAAAAUAUUUGCAGCCCCAUUUUGGUCUCCACGCCCACAGAUGCACACCACUGUUAUAUCUUGCAGAAAACCCGGUUUACAGACUAAAUUUUUCCAUCAAGUUUGCCCAUUUUAAGAACACUGAUGUUACUAUACACAAGAACUAAACAUUAAUGUAACCUAGCAGUGCACACUAGCUAGUGAUAUUGAGUUCAAUAUUCAGCUACAUGAUGAACUGAGUAAACAAAUUCUUGGGUGAGUUUCCAUUAACAAAAACAAGGGAAAAAUAAAGUAUUUCUAAGGAUAAUCUCCAUCAAAUUCUCAAACUUUUUUUUCCCUAUUUUCCUACACACCACUAUCUUGCACAAAAUUAGUUACAUCGAGUGGUAGUAUCAACCAAUUUCGAGUUAUAUUCCAAAAUUUUAAAAUAUUAAAAUUGAGGGGAAAAUAUAAAUUAAAAAACUUUUUUUUUAAAUUAUCAGAGCUUAAUAGAUCAUCUAAGGUAUUACAUUGAUCAUAAUUUACUCAUUUGAACUACAAUUCACUAACAGCAUAAAUAUAUAUUUUUGUAAAUGUGCAAAACAUAAAUCUUCAACCAUUUCCUCGGGUAAAACAUACCUUACACCCACCAUCUUAGCUUUCUAAAUUAUCCCAAAAUUUGGCAGAUGAAUGCAAAAGCGAUAUUUUGACUAGAAUAAAUUAAAAUUGAUCCUUGUCAUAGUAUGAAAUAAUAUUUUAAUGAAGUUGAUUACCACAAGCAAUUAAGCUCUGAAGCUAAGGGGCCCCUCAGUCAGGGUUGUAUUCGUGUUAGUGAGGCGGGAUGAUAAGAGCAACGCUCGCUGGUGCUUCUAGCACGGUGUCGCCUCUGAAAUGGUGUGCAGUCUUCUCGUCGUGCAUUCUUAAACUGUGACAUUUGAGUGGUAACCGUAAUAUUAGACGGUAAUAGAAGAUGAUGUGUUUUUGGGAGCUUCCAAGAAUCUGUACCAGGCAUUUCAUGUCUAAAAAUUAUUCUUAAAAUAAAUGUUUUUAAGCCCUUUCACAGUUUAAAAACAAAAUAUGGAAACAGAAGUACUUAUCGUAAACAGACCCCAUUCAGAUAUAUUCCGCAGUUUUCAAAUUGUGUGGAUUUUUAUGUAGCUCUACACACUGUGAGUGCCCACCUGUGAAUACAUUUUUCUUACAAGUUUUUUUUUUAUACCACAGGAUGCUUUUAUGAUUUGCGUGGAGUCUCUUCAAAUAUUUAUAUUUAAUGGGCGACUAUAAACUGAACUGAGGUGCCAAAAAUAUAUAUAUUCAAGUUGUAACUUCCAGCAUUGUUAAUGUUUGUUUUUGGGACUUUUUUUGACUUUUGUAAUCAUUCCUUCAAUUUCGUUCCUUUUUCAUAACUUUCGUAACCUGAAGACAUUCUGUUUGCAGCCAGGAUGCCUGGUGUCUAGGGCAGUGUUUUUUCCAAACGCAGGACCUUGGAACAAUUCAGCCCAGGCCUUAUAAUCAGUGUGAUAAAUUUGCAGUAAAAACUAAUUUUUAAAAAAUGUACUUUAGAAAUGUGUACUGUAAAACGGAUUUAUUCUGGGCUCGCAAACUAUAAUCAAAGUAAUUACACUAAAAAUUGCAUGGUAAAACAUCUGAUUAAAUUAUGAUUUUAUUUAUCACACUAUUUUACCGUCCAAGUUUUGAAAUAUCUUUACGUUAGUAGACGUUAGCUAAAUGUAUUGACAGUUGGGUGGGCCGCGGUGUUCUUGAGGUUGGUAACCACUGGUAUAGAGGUUUGUUUGACUCCUGGCCAGCACCAAGAUAUUUCAGACAAAAAUUUGCUUCCCCAAGCUCAUGUUCCUUCGCCUUCAUUCUGCGAUAUGCCACAGCUGAAUCCCUGUUCCAAGAAAACCUCAAGUGCAUCGUUGUUUCCGUCACCACAGUAUUGCCUGGGGUAACGACACUCAGCACUGCGUCACCACAAUGAACCGAAAACCAUCAAAUUGUUUUACACUAUUGAAGAGGAUACACAAAAAAAUAAAUAAUAAAAAAACAAAACAGCAAAGCUGCCUUUAAAAAAAAAAUUGAAGUUGAACUUACUAUUUUCAAACCACAUCAACCAGAGAGUUACAACUUUUCAAACUUGGAACACACAGACCCCCAAAGUUUCAAAAGUGUGGUGUAUGCCACUAAGCUAUAUAAAAAAAAAAAAAAAUUUAAAACAGCUGGUUUUAGACCCAGAAAAUAAUUCUUCUCCGCUUUAGUAUGGUGCCUUAAGAAAUGUAUUUCGGAAAUUUUAGUUAGUAAAAUAAAUAUUAAUAACAAAAAAAAUAAGAAUGACUAUACUGGGGAAUUUUCAUGAUUUUUCCAGGAUUUAAAGUAAAUUCCCUAACUUCUCUUUACAAUUACAACUUUCCUGACUGAACACUUUGACGAAAGUCACGAAAGUCCUUCAGUGACAUUACUGACUCUCAAUAAAUCCAUUAUGUCUUUGGAUGCUUUCUCUUUCAUACUAAUUACGCAGCAGUAAAAAUUUUUUAAUCAAAAGUGGUUUUUCAAUUUUACAAUAAUUUUUGCAGCCUUCACACAUCCCGAGACACUGCGAGGAACCGCAGUUGAACAAGUUUGCCAACUCCGCCCACACGACACCUCAAGCGGCCUGCUGAUCCAGCUGUUGCCUCGCGGGGCCAAAUACGACCCUGGUGAAUCACAGACGGGCCGGCACCUUGUAUUGCCUCACGCCGGGCCCCGACACCUGUGGAAUGCGCCAAGUUAGGCUUCUGCCCGGGGCAGGUUGCGUCACACACCCACGCUGCCCCCCCCCUCCCCCCCGGCGAGUCUUCCAACCACAACUGUUCGGGACCACCUGCCGCCACGGUUAGUGCUCGGCCGAUGUCUCACCGGCGACCCACACAAAUGCGGGACAGCAGAUCUCCUGUGUGAGCGCAGCAACCAAACUAUCUACGUGUGCGUGCGAUGCUUGCAUCAAUCAUAGAAUACUAGCUAUUAAUUUUUUUUUUUCCUCCUCGUGAUGCAAAACAUUAUUAGACUGUGCGCAAGAGAAAAACAUUGACAUCUAAUGCAGCAUUUGAAUAUCGGCAUGAUUAUAAGGAAAAAACUGGCAGCGUUCUUGGUGUGGGUGUUCAUAAGCAUGCUGACCAAGGUGACAAGCCGUUUGUCAUGCUCAGCCCAUCCACAUGCGGAACACAGCACUUUGAAGGACGCGGACUCUGAUCCCAACCAACGCGGAGAAACUCCUGCGAGGUUCCUACAGGUCGAAUUUCCAGAAGUAAAUGAAGAAUGCAGAUCGAAAAAUCCCACUGCAAGCACCUCUGACACGGGGCACAAUUUCACUAAAACUAUCAACAAAACCGGUACAAUACACACAAAUAAUCGGUUGUGCAAGAACACGAAAACAGUAAUAAACACAGAAAUAUUCAAAGACUUGAAGACGUACCUUGGUAGUAUCUUCUCACCAUACUCGGGCAAAAGAAAUCCAAGGAGCAUUAAAGAAAAGAGAUGUAUCACAUCAAGAAGUUACCCUCCUUUACAUACUCUUAAACGCAACCAUGAGUCACUCAUACAAUCUCUCCUGCGACGAAAACUUGGCGGUGCCGAACCUGUGCUUACAGCAACUCACGGGAAUCAAGAGAGGAAUGAAAAAGCUGACCACCACGCUGGGCUGCAUAGUUAUGUUCAACACGGUGCCGACAAAUCCAGGAGAUUUGUGCCAGACUUGAUAUUGAACAACAGAACACACACUGUAGAUGCAGGGUCAAUAGGUAGCGCUCUCAAUCACAGCCGAGUGAACGGACCACUUCCCCUGUUCCAUUCACCAAGACUGAAAAAGCUGACAAAAACAAAUGAAAAUGAUUCUACUAGUGAAAUCCCACGUUCAAAAGCCCCACUUACUUUGCUAAGUAAAAUAAGGUCCCUCCUGCACUUGGGAAACAGCACCAAGACAGAAAGGAAAACUUGGACACCUCCGAGACCUCAAAGCAGCUUCCUUCACAGCAAACCUUUAGCUAAAAAAUUCAUUCGAAUAAAACCCGAUGAAUGUAAUCUUAGGCCCACACAAUCACCACUUUACGGAGUUCUUACCUUCCGCAGUAGAGGUAACAAUAAAGAAACAGCUAACACAACUAAUUGUGUGACGUCAGGCAUCCCAAACUUCACCAAACCAAUACCCAAUCUUCAAACAAAAAUCUUCAAGGAACGUUAUAAGGCAAUGCCAAAAACACAGAAUUUUAUUCCACAACAGAAUGAGCAAGUAAAAGAUUACAAAAAUAACGAAACUGAAAUCAGAACCUAUUGCAAAAACUGUUUCAAUAAUAACUUAAUGGAAAACUGUGACAGUGAGACCAAAAAUCUCCUGUUAAACAUCCUUAAACGACAACAUGAAAUUACUGAUCAGAUUUCAGAAUUGGUGAAACUGAAAUGUUCACCGCAACUGUCAAGCAAUGAAAAAAUACUAGAACAUAAAGAAGUAAAUGACGAUCACUUGGGGAAUGUACAAAGCUCAGACACAACACAUACAAAACAUGCUCCAAAAGAAAAACACAAAUCUAAAAAACAACAUGCACAAAAUGACAAUUUUCCAGUACUACCGCAAGAAUCCAAUAAAUCUAACACAAUGACAAAUGUACCAAUUAGAAUACAACUUGCUUUAAACUCAGAUGAUGAAGUAUUUAUUAUGACUGAAAGUGAUUUUUUAAGUGAAAAUUCAACACAAUAUAGCACUACAGAAACAGCAUACAAAAUGGCAGAAGAAACAGUAUACAGCACUGCAGCAACAGACUACAGUACGGCAAACACAGAUUACACAGAAACAGACCAAAACACAGCAGAGACAAGCACUGCAGCCACAGAAUAUAGCACUGCAUCGACAGAAUAUAGCACUACAUUGACAGAAUACAACACCUCAACGACAGAAUUCAGCACUGCAGAAACCAAAUACAGCACUUCGACAGAAUACAGCACCUCAGUGACAGAAAACAGCACUGCAGAAACAGAAUACAGCACUUCGACAGAAUACAGUACUGCAUUGACAGAAUACAGUACUGCAUCGACAGAAUACAGUACUGCAUCGACAGAAUACAGUACUGCAUCGACAGAAUACAGUACUGCAUCGAUAGAAUACAGCACUGAAGUAACAGAAUACACUUCUAAAUAUACCACAAUAACAACAGAAUCUCAAAAAUUAGAUUUAUCUACAGAACUAAAUGAAGAACAACGUGAAGUCACUGAUUACAUAUCAACAACACCAUACUUUCAAGAACCACCUAAUUAUGAAGAGAUGGGUCAGCAGUUAGAAGAACAGACCGAAACGCAACUCAACAGUAAAUUAAUUCCAUCAGUAAAAGAUGGCAUGCAAACAUGGACAACUACUUCUUGGGUGUCAGACACAAAUAAUGUAAAAGAGCAAGUGCGAAAUACUAAUGCAAUCAAGGACCAUCAACUCGCAACAACACCUACCGACAAUAAAAAUUCCACAGUAACUUUAGGAACACACAACUUUGAGAUCCACUUCAAAGUUAGCUGUACCAUUAAUAUAAUUGAAACCAAAAACUCAAUGUCAGAACCUCCGUCACUUGCACAAGAUAAUGAUAGCCAAGCAAAUCAGAAAUGCAAUGAAAAAAAACAAAACAACCCGUUCAAAUUUGUAAUACAAUGUGAAAAUUUAGGCAUUAGAUAACAAUUAUAGCUAAACAAAAGUUGAGUGCAAAAAUUACCCUUCAAAAUAUUGAAAUUGACAGCACCUAGAGUGUAGCUGGCCAAAAUAAUGCAACUAACUUAAGUCUAUAUUAUAGAUUUCACACAACUAAAAAUGUUACAAAACCAUAAAGACUAUUUUUAAAGAUGUUACUUUUAAAAGCAGGAUUGACUCUCUUAACCCGAUAGACACAAGUCACAAUACACAAAACAUACUUUCAUCUUAGUAAUUCGACUUGAUACGCAAAAAAAAAAUAAUCAAAGAUAUAUCCAGCGAUAUAGGUAAGGGUUUCUACUUCCAUGUUAAUAACCAAACGUUAGGUGAUGCUGUUGUUAAUAGAUGUUUUGUGUUUUAUAACCAUAUUGUUAUAGCUACAGUAUAUUCUGGAACACAUCAACAGCAUGUUGUACAUGGCCAGUGGGUUUUCACGGAGCAAACUCAAGUUUAUCUGCCAACGGCAUUUUGUCGCAAGUCCAGCCUAAGAUUUAGAUUUCACACCAUGCUCUGGGACAAAAUGCCAUGCCAGUGGUCAAGUCCUUGCGCUUUCAUCCAUCAUUCACUCGAAACAGUGCCAGGUAAUGAUCUACAGUAGAUAGAAUGCUAUUUGGUGAGCUUCAUCAUCAUGUAAGAAGUAGUGUCUUAUUGAGUAGUUAGGGAUGUUAGUCUAUUUUUUAUACUAAAGGAGAGAAAUAUGGAGGGAGAAUGUAUUUAUAAUGGUUCGUGAGUGUCGCCAACACGAGACACCAAGGUAGGUUACAUAUAUGUAAUCAUAAUUGCCAAUUUUUUUUUUUACACAGGAUGACAUGUUUUACUAAAAGUGAUAAUGUGUUACGUUAAGAAAUACUGUUGGUUUAAGGUAACUGAAAGGUAGCAAAAAAAAAAAAAGAGACAGUAGGUCUAUGAAGCAAUGUGUUUGUAAAAGCAUAAAAUUAAAAUUUCCAAUAGAUUCACUACAAACAGUUCUGCCAAAAGUGAAGAUUAAUGUUGACAUGGGCCUAAUGACUAGCAGUUAUGCACUUACAAGUGCUCACAGGAUUAACACCUAAAAUUAUGAUGCUUGCAGAAUUUACAAAAAAUGGAGGACUGACCAUUACUGAUGAAAAUAUGAAUACUUUACCAUCAUAUACUAACAAUUACACAGUACAUUUAGAAAAAACAUUAAAAGUACAUUAAUAUUAACUAGAAUUUUUCUCGGGCAACUUACAUGCUCCAGCAUUAGGCCCUAGACAAUCAUGACAAUUCCUCUGUUAGGAUUUGUCUCCGAUUUACUGUGGGGCAGAGAGGGGAGAGGAGGAAGGGUGAAUACUUAUGUAAAAGAAAAUACCAUUUACAGAUCAAUUCAUCAUUGAUUAUUGCAGUUGAAUGUUUAUCCUUGAGGAAAUUCCUGUGCUCAAAAUGAGUUUAAAUAAACAUCCUUUCAGAACAGUUUGAUCUUAGGACAUAAAUUAAAACAGCAAACAUAAUGUGCCACAGGAUCAAUAUUAUACGAUCUUGCCAUCAGGAUCAAGGGAUAAACUUGGCUAACGGCCAGUUGCGUCAUUAGAGUACAGGCAUAAUCUCAAGUCAUAGAUCAUCGUUCAACCACAUUUUAUGUUUCACCAUUGUGUUGAGAGCGCUGAGGGAAGAUAAUUUGGAACUUUGAAGUGAACUGAUGCUCGGGUUGACAUUGCACGAAAAGACAUGGCCGACAUUUUCAGACUUUAUGCACGUUAAUUUAAUCAGACGUAAAUAUUAGAAUAUUAUUUUCAAAAUUUCAGAUCAAAAUUUUACAUAUUCUAAUGUUGCAACCUCUUUUCAUGCAAAAUACCCACAUUAAAAAAAAAAUGUUUGAAAAGCUUGUUAUUUUAGUUUGAUUUAUGAUUAUUUAUUUUUUAUAAUUACUUUUUAUAAUAAAUAGUAUAAUAAAUAUUUAUGACUGCUUCAUUUUGUAUUAACUUUUAAAUACCAGUUUGUGUUUUCUGUCAUUAAUAAAAUUGAAAAGAUGAAGCAGAUUAUAUAUUCUGCUAUCUUGUGGCGAUCACAAAAGUUAUUUGCUCACUGUGUCACAAUCGAUUGUAGCGACUUCAUAUCGUUCCAGCCCAACAAUUCAAACAAAAUUAAAAUUUCUUUGACACUGCUGCUACAGGUUGUCAUAAAUUGAAAAUGUAUGACUUAUAGUUCACGCGAACGAAGAUCACGUAAUCCCAGUAUGUGUUGGUGCAGCGUUUAGACGAAGAUCCUUAGAUCAUUCUUGGGCUAAGAUCAUUGGAUCGCUGAUAGAAGAGCAGAAUGAUGCCACUGGCCAUAAGUGAUCCGGAAAAAUUACAGUAUAGUCAAAGCUAUAGGCUACAGGUAAUAUGCUAAUAUGCUCUCGAGCAAGAAAAUGAUGAAAUUAACACGGUCAAAGAGGUCUAAAGGGUAUUUGCAGCUUUAUAAAUGACAAGCUUAUAAAACAGGGGCUAUGCCAAAACUUCUUAAUCAAUUUGAUGAUCUCAGUGUACCUGAAAGUGGUUUACAACUCCAAGUAAGGAAAUGCAUGACCAACACUUUCUAUGGACAGAUGGUGGAACAGGUGGGUCAGUGGGGAUUACAAUACGUGCUUUCUUGCUAUAAGGGUCUGAUUCUCAGAAGGAAUAAUAAACAUACAGCCCACAGCAUGAUUAACAGACUUUAUAUGAACUAAUAUUUGUUUGUAAAAAACAUUAGCAAAGAAGUUAAAACUAAGGAUGGGCCAGGUUAAUUCCUUAAAUACCAUCACAUCUUCACUAUUCGAAAGAUUCUAUAUUCGAGAAAUAAUAAUCACAGAAAAUUAUUGGAGGAAAUGAAGUAAAUUAAAAAAAUUCAACUUUUAAGUCUGAAGUACACUAGGUCUAUUCUAUUAGUGUUUGCCAAGAUAUUUUACAUCUGAUAUGUAAUUAUAGAUAUAAAAUUAGAAUAUUUAUUGAUUUAAGUGAAACAAAUGUGUAACUAAGAAGUUUAAUUUGUAACACCUAAUAUUUUUCCUUCAUUUUUUGUAAAUUAUUUUAUUUUUGCCUCUUGACACCUAGAAUCGAAUUCAAGGGGGUAUAUUUGAGGUAAACUUUGGGAUUUGAAUUUAAGAUUUGGAUUCCAGAAAAUUGGGAUUUGACCAAUCUUUAGUUAUAACAAAAAUAAGUGUUUAUACGUAUAUGUAAAUUUCAGGGAUCCUUUAUUUACAAUAUGGUUGGAAGCAAAAAAAGUCUGAUAUUUGCUAGCAUUAAUUUUAAAUUGUAGCAUCAGUAAGUUACACAAA